GCAAAUUCAACGCUCCGAGCCCGUCCGGAUGGCCCCGAUCCCAGCUUUAUAUCCUUUGAAAACACUAAGAAUAAUGUCCCUGCAUCAGUUUUUACUGGAGCCAAUCACCUGUCAUGCCUGGAACAGGGAUCGUACCCAGAUCGCACUUAGCCCCAAUAAUCACGAGGUCCACAUCUAUAAGAAGAACGGGGACCAGUGGGUGAAGGACCAUGAACUCGAGGAACACAAUGGACACAUCACAGGUAUCGACUGGGUUCCCAAGAGUGACCGCAUCGUCAUUUGCGGGGCCGACCGCAACGCCUACGUCUGGAGUCAGAAGGAUGGUGUCUGGAAGCCAACCCUGGUGAUCCUGAGAAUUAACCAGACGGCCACUUUCGUCAAGUGGUCCCCGCUAGAGAAGAAAUUUGCUGUGGGCAGCGGAGCACGACUCAUCUCCGUCUGUUACUUUGAGUCUGAAAAUGACUGGUGGGUGAGCAAGCACAUUAAAAAGCCCAUCCGCUCCACGGUCCUCAGCUUGGAUUGGCAUCCCAACAACGUCUUACUGGCCGCGGGAUCCUGCGACUUCAAAUGCAGAGUGUUUUCUGCCUACAUUAAAGAAGUGGAUGAGAAGCCAGCCAGCACGCCCUGGGGCAGCAAGAUGCCUUUCGGUCAGCUGAUGUCCGAGUUCGGGGGCAGCGGCACUGGCGGCUGGGUGCACGGGGUCAGCUUCUCGGCCAGCGGCAGCCGCCUGGCCUGGGUCAGCCAUGACAGCACUGUGUCCGUUGCCGACGCCUCCAAAAGCGUGCAGGUCUCAACUCUGAAGACAGAGUUCCUGCCCCUCCUGAGUGUGUCGUUCAUCUCAGAGAACAGCGUCGUGGCUGCUGGCCAUGAUUGCUGGCCCAUGCUCUUUAACUACGACGACCGCGGCUGCUUGACCUUCGUCUCCAAGCUGGACAUCCCCAAGCAGAGCAUCCAGUGCAACAUGUCGGCCAUGGAGCGCUUCCGCAACAUGGACAAGCGGGCCACGACCGAGGACCGCAACACGGCCCUGGAGACGCUGCACCAGAGCAGCAUCACUCAAGUGUCUAUUUACGAGGUGGACAAGUAAGAUUGUCGCAAAUUUUGCACUACCGGCAUCGACGGAGCCAUGACCAUUUGGGAUUUCAAGACCUUAGAGUCUUCCAUCCAGGGUCUUCGGAUAAUGUGAAGCUGAGCGAGCCUCCAGACCCAGCAUGAGGAAGGACCGGCUGCGCCGGGGCAGCGCUGCCAUUCGCACAGGGAGGGGAGCCCGCAGCCAGGAAACACUGAAGACGCACGUGGCGCAAACCUCGUU